AUGUCAACAACACAGCAAUUUUCUACAGACAAGUCGACUACACAACAAUCAACUUCAAAAGAGUCGACAACAGAAGAUUUAACAACAAAAGACGAGUUAACUACUAUUACGUCAACUACAAAACAAUCAACAACAGAGGACUCGACUACAGGAGACGGGUCAACCACAGGCGCGUCAACAACACAAGAAUUGACUACAGGCGCAUUAACUACACAACAAUCUACAUCUACGGAACAGUCAACAGAACAAUCAACAACACGAGAUCAGUCGACGACAAUUCACUCAACUAAACAACAGUCAACUACAGUUGAGUCAACAUCUAUAGACGAGUCAACGACAAGCAUGUCAACAACACAGCAAUUUUCUACAGACAAGUCGACUACACAACAAUCAACUUCAAAAGAGUCGACAACAGGAGAUAUAACAACAAAUGAAGAGUUAACUACUAUUCCAUCAACUACAAAACAAUCAACAACAGAGGACUCGACUACAGGAGACGGGUCAACCACAGGCGCGUCAACAACACAAGAAUUGACUACAGGCGCAUUAACUACACAACAAUCUACAUCAACGGAACAGUCAACAGAACAAUCAACAACACCACAUCAGUCGACGACAAUUUCCUCAACUACACAACAGUCAACUACAGUUGAGUCAACAUCUAUAGACGAGUCAACGACAAGCAUGUCAACAACACAGCAAUUUUCUACAGACAAGUCGACUACACAACAAUCAACUUCAAAAGAGUCGACAACGGAAGAUUUAACAACAAAAGACGAGUUAACUACUCUAAUUCCAUCAACUACAAAACAAUCAACAACAGAGGACUCGACUACAGGAGACGGGUCAACCACAGAUGCGUCAACAACACAAGAAUCAACUACAGGUGCAGCUACUACACAACAGUCUACGUCAACAGAACAGUCAACAGAACAAUCAACAACAGCAGACCAAUUGACGACGAUUGCGUCAACUACAAAACAAUUAACAACAAAGGAUUCGACUACAGGAGACGGGUCAACCACAGGCGCGUCAACAACACAAGAAUUGACUACAGGUGCAUCAACUACACAACAGUCUACGUCAACAGAACAGUCAACAGAAAAAUCAACAACACCAGAUCAGUCAACAACAAUUUCCUCAACUACACAACAGUCAACUACAGUUGAGUCAACAUCUAUAGACGAGCCAAUAACAAGCAUGUCAACAACACAGCAAUUUUCUACAGAAAAGUCGACUACACAACAAUCAACUUCAAAAGAGUCGACAACAGAAUAUUUAACAACAAAAGACGAGUUUACUACUAUUCCAUCAACUACAAAACAAUCAACAACAAAGGACUCGACUACAGGAGACGGGUCAACCACAGGCACGUCAACAACACAAGAAUUGACUACAGGCGCAUUAACUACACAUCAAUCUACAUCAACGGAACGGUCAACAGAACAAUCAACAACACGAGAUCAGUCGACGACAAUUCACUCAACUACACAACAGUCAACUACAUUUGAUUCAACAUCUAUAGACGAGCCAAUAACAAGCAUGUCAACAACACAGCAAUUUUCUACAGACAAGUCGACUACACAACAAUCAACUUCAAAAGAUUCGACAACAGGAGAUUUAACAACAAAUGAAGA